CGGACACAACCAGUUGUUUUUGCUGGCGAAUGGAUGCACACCAGUGGAAUUUGUGACCACUUCUUCACAAGCGUUUCAUUACCCCGGAAAACAUAUCAGCGUGGAUUCGUUUAUCACUGGACAGCUGUGGCUAGAUACUUACACCUGCAUUUUGCGCAGCUAGACUUUGUAAGGAAAUGCAUACUGCGACACACCUCUACGUAUAAACACCAAGAAAGACGGAGAACCAUGCGUGUGUGUAACCCCAGAGGAGCCCUGUUUCAGCUCAUCAUCCUCAGCAGGAUGAUGGAGGACUCCUUGCUCCGUGCUGAAGUGAAGGAGGGAGAUGUCCUGCCCCCCACAAUUCACAAGCUAAUGAAAGGAUAUAAUAAAUACCUCCGGCCAUUCUUUGACAAUGGCCCUGUUACAGUUGGAAUGAGUCUGGAUAUUGCCAGCAUUGACACCAUAUCAGAGAUAAACAUGGACUACACUGCCACUAUUUUUCUGAGGCAGCGCUGGACAGAUGAACGUUUGUGCUUCAAUGGGAAUAAGAGCCUGAGUCUGGAUGGCCGGCUGGUGGAGCUGCUCUGGGUUCCAGAUACUUUCAUCGUCGAUUCAAAGAAAUCCUUCCUCCAUGACAUUACUGUGGAGAACAGAUUGAUCCGGAUCUUUCCAAAUGGGACAGUUCUGUAUGCCCUCAGAAUUACCACAACAGUGGCUUGCAACAUGGAUCUGACAAAAUAUCCCAUGGACAAACAGAUGUGCACCCUGCAACUGGAGAGCUGGGGAUAUAAUGUUAAUGAUGUAAUGUUUUAUUGGACAAGAGGAAAUGAGUCCGUCAGUGGUCUGGACACACUACAGCUGGCACAAUACACCUUGGAGGACUACUACACAUCUGAAUCGGAAGCAGUCUAUGAGACAGGUCACUACCCCAGACUGAUCUUCCACUUUGAGCUGAAGAGAAGCAUCCUCUACUUCAUCCUGGAGACGUAUGUCCCAUCCAGCCUGCUGGUGGUGCUGUCCUGGGUGUCCUUCUGGAUAAGUCAGUCUUCCGUCCCUGCCCGAAUCUGCAUAGGUGUGACCACAGUGCUAACCAUGACUACUCUGAUGAUGGGUGCCCGUACAUCUCUCCCCAAUGCCAACUGCUUCAUCAAGGCCAUUGAUGUCUACCUGGGAAUUUGUUUCAGUUUCAUCUUUGGCGCUCUGAUUGAAUACGCUGUUGCCCACUUCUGCACCCUACACCAGCCUAACAAAGCUAAUGCACUGAUGUACGGACAGGAGAUGCAGGAACGGGAGGAUGAGAUGAAUGGGAUCGUCACAGCCAUCAGCAGCAGCACCCUCCAAGUCAGGAAGCAGCAGGAAGUGCUGGCCAGCAGGAGGAGCCCCUCUGAGAGCGAGCAGCUGGCAGCGAGGCCGCCAGAGCCGCAGGGCCCCUGCUAUAAAGCCCUGACCGUCCUGCAGAGGGUGCUCUGCUUCCUCAACUGUUGCCGGGUGGAGAAUCCACACUAUAUUGAUAACUACUCCCGCCUCUCUUUCCCUCUGUCCUUUAUCUUCAUUAACUUCCUCUACUGGACAUAUUAUCUGUAUCUUUAAGACUUUAACAGUCUGUGUGUGUGUGUGUGUGUGUGUGUGUGUUUCUGUGCUUGAUGUAGAUGAGUAUGGGUGUGAAAGAUAUGUUGCUAAUGGGCAUACGUUUGAAGCCAAAAGUUAACACACACCUAGGCUAAAGACAUUCAAACUCAAUUUUUCACAACUCCGUACAUUUCAUGUUACCAUACCCUAAUUGACUUAACAUAGGAAAAGUAUCUACUUUAUUUCCAUAGUAUUUCCAUAAGUUCCAUAGUUCAAAAUAAUAGCUAAGAGACUGAUUUAUUUCAGCUUUUAUGUACUAUAUCAGAUUUUCAGUGGGUCAAAAGUUCACAUAUACGCUAGU